AACACAGUGGUGGCGCGAGAUUAGAUAAGCGUUCAAAAGUAUUUUCUUAAAAAGUUGUUUAAAUGGACAGUUCUUGACAUUAAGCUUGCACUCUGCGGUAUAUAGGCGCCUGUGUGCCCCGUUCUGCUGCAGCCAUGACACAGUCCGUUGUUGUCCAAGUUGGUCAGUGUGGCAACCAGGUUGGGUGCAGGUUCUGGGAUCUUGCCUUGCGAGAACAUGCCCAUGUGAAUAAAAAAGGAUUGUAUGAUGAGGCCCUCGGUAGCUUUUUCCGAAAUGUGGACUCAAGGAAAUGUAAUGGGGAGGCCUGUGUUGUUGGUGGGAGAAUCCAACAUCUGAAGGCCAGGGCAGUGCUGGUGGACAUGGAGGAGGGCGUGGUCAAUGAGAUCCUGCAGGGCCCGUUGAGAGAAAUGUUUGACAGCACUCAGCUCCUCACCGACGUGUCAGGUUCAGGUAACAACUGGGCGGUUGGACACAUGACGUACGGCUCAGCCUACAGGGAACAGAUAGUGGAGAAGCUGAGGAAGGCAGCAGAACACUGUGACUGUCUGCAGUGCUUCUUCCUCAUUCACUCUAUGGGAGGAGGUACGGGCUCGGGCCUGGGGACCAAAGUGCUGAGCCUGCUGGAGGAGGAGUUUCCUGAGGUGUGUCGGAUUGUCACCUCCAUCUAUCCGUCUGCAGAGGAUGAUGUCAUCACCUCUCCCUACAACAGCAUCCUAGCUAUGAGGGAGCUCACGGAGCACGCUGACUGUGUCCUGCCUGUGGAAAACCAAUCGUUGAUGGACAUUGUGAACAGGAUUAAACACAUGUCCCACAGUGGAAAGCCAGGGUCUGUGAUCAGGAGGGAAAGCACCAUCAUCUCUGGGCAGGGGGGGCUCAGUGGAGCGGAGAAACCUUUUGAUUCCAUGAAUAAUAUUGUGGCCAACCUGUUGCUCAAUAUUACCAGCUCGGCUCGUUUUGAAGGGUCUCUCAACAUGGAUCUGAAUGAGAUUGCCAUGAACCUCGUCCCCUUCCCACGUUUACACUACUUGGUGCCAAGCCUAACCCCUCUCUACACUCUGGCAGAUGUCAGCGUCCCCCCCAGAAGACUGGAUCAGAUGUUCAGUGAUGCCUUCAGUAAAGAGCACCAGCUGAUCCGAGCCGACCCGAAGCACAGCCUCUACCUGGCCUGCGCCCUCAUGACUGAAGCCUUCGCUGCCGUUUGUGUCCUGGAACCAGGAAGGCUGGAAGACGGGCCUGUGCUCAGUACCUCCUGUGGGCCACUCCCACUCCCUGUUAGCCCUGGCCAACAGCACCUGUGUGAAGCCCACGUUCAUGGAGCUGAAGGAACGCUUCACCAAGCUCUACAGGAAGAAGGCUCACUUACACCACUACUUGCAUGUAGAAGGGAUGGAGCAGGGCCACUUCUCUGAGGCCCUCGUCUCUCUCAGCUCCCUGAUUGAAGAGUACCGACUUCUGGACGCCACCAAGGGGAGACUCAUGCCUGAUGCACGCAGACUGCACAUCGCCAGAUGAAGGUUCACUUUGUUUCAAUCUGUCUGUCUCCUUAUAACAAUGAUUAUGUGUGAUGCUAUACGGAAUAAUGAUGAUGUCACACAACCACAUCUUUUGUAUAUACCUUUAAAUGUUAUAUUUCAUCAUUUUUUUAUGUAUGACUCCAUUAAAAACCUCUGAAAAAAGAUAAGCAACAUGAAUACUGUAUCCUGAACUGCCAUGGUGUGGCACCAUGACUGUUAUAAUACGGUCUGCUGCACUGGCCAUGUCCAUUUUUCAGAACUAACAACUUUCAAAUACUUCUUCAUGUAUUCAAUGAUUCCCAGCCGUUCUUCCUUUAGAAAUCAGGUGUUUUAGUCUCAGUUUGAGCUUUGGUCUUUGUCCCUGAACUGUUUGGAAGGCUCCAUAAGUUAGAGUAACCUCAGGUCAGAAAACAUGUCUCCAGGAUCAUUGCACUUCCUCUGGCACACACAGGACGUUAUCCACUGCAUCUUCCACUGCAUGUUGGUGCCUCCCUUGCAGGUGAAGUUGACCUUGAUCAUGCGUGACUUGUUGGGGACACAGCAGCGCUUGUCUGUGCAGACGCCGCAGUACGUGGGCUUAAACUUCUUGGUGCUGGUACAGCCCGAGAGGGUCAGCUUCUCCGCUUUCUUUGCUUGAAAUUUAGGCAGGCAUGUCUUUCCCUUUGGCGCCUAUGAGAGGGAAAAGGUGAUUAUUUGAUUGAAAACUAUGGUAAUACUUCCACAUCAUUUCAACAACUGGUCACCUUAACGCUCUUCAUCAGGCUUUUAUCACACAGUCGCAGCAGGCACAGGCGCCGGUCCUUCCUCAUCUCACAUUUGCCGUUAUCGUUGUUGACACGCGAUGAGAUGCCCAGGCCGCAGGUUUUGGAGCAGGGGCUCCAGGGGGUGGUCUGGAUCAGACAGUUCUUCUUCCAGGCUAAAGGAGGAUCCCUGUAAGCUUUCAGUAUUACAGUUAAAGGGCACUGUGUCAACAACACCCUGCAUAAAGAACCAGUCUGUGGGCUUACCAUGCUGCCGCGCAGAGCACACACACCAAAUACCUGCUCUUAUCCUCCACAAGGGAACCAAUUUUCUUCUUAAUGUUUCCUUUGAGCUGUACUUACACGGGAUAAUUAGAAAGGGUGGAGUAGAAAUUGCUUUUAAAUAUCUUUUAGUCACCCCUAAUUAGUCUGUUUGCCAGCUCAUAGAGUCCGAUAGUGAACCCGGAGAUGUUGAGAAUCCCAAAGUUUUAUGUUAGAAAUGUAUAGUAGAGGUCUCCAGCACUUAGAAACUGCAGGAUGCUAACCUGCAUAUGUUGGGCACAAUUAGCAAUAGUUGUGUUAAUUACCAUUUAUUACCAUUAUAGCCUAUGUGGAUAAUAGUUUAAAAAAUGUCUUGGCCAAUUUGGCCAAUUUUGGGGUAAUUGAGGAUGCGGAGUAUUGCUGAUUACAUUUUGGGUCCAUUGGAAGAUUCUGGAUCAUUUGGAUUGGAAAGAUUGGCUAUUUUUUUGCAAAUAAUUUGUCCACAGCACCGAUAAUAAUUUUCAUCUGGUGCUCUUUAUAUCCAAUGCUUUCAACAUUUACUCAUGGUAGUCAGCCCACCAAGAGUACAAAUAUUUGCAUUUUCUGGUUAAAACUACUUUUUCUGAUCCUGAAACUGAUUCAGCAUCCUCAAUAACCCCAAAAAACACUUUUGUCCGCCAAGCCAUUUUUAAACUAUUGUCCUUAUAGGCUAUAAUGGUAAUUAAUGCUAAUUAACUCAUAUUAUGCUAACUGUGCAAAUUGCCCAACAUAUGUGAGUUAGCAUCCAGGCAGUUUCCCUGUGCUGGGGACCGUACUAUACAUUUAAGUCAUCAAACUUUGGGGAUCUCAACAUCUCCGGGUUCUCUAUGCAGCUAGGCUGUGUGGAUAAGUGCUACUGCCAGAGUGAUAGAAGGCCCACUCCCCUCCCCUCCCCAGCCAGAUUACGUGGACAGCAAUCCAGGUCCUACAGGCAGGUUCCUGUCCACAGGUCACUCUCUAAACACACACCUGACAUGUAGGUAGUGUCCUGCUGGUUCUUCUUUGCACUCUGGCCACUGCGGAGGCCGGCUGGCAUGUUGCCCAUAAGUGAGGCGGGGCCUAAGAGUGCUGCUGGCUUCUGGAUAAAAGCAGGGGUGCAGCCGAUGGCUCCAGCUAUACAUGUGCACUUAUAGAGGGGGCUGGGCUGGAAACCUUCUCCGUUCUCAUAGUGGGCCCCAUUCAGGUCACAGCCUACUGCCAUCAGGUCUGAGAGAGGGAGGGAAACACGUCAGCGCUCGGCUCAGGAUGUUACUGUGAAUGUUAAAAGCAUUAACACAUUUACACCUAUAUCAAUGAAGUCUUCUUGCAAUUAAUGGACUAAUCACACUUAUUCUCACGUGAAAAAAUAACCAUAAAUAAUUCCAAGAUAUCAUGUUUACUUAUUUUUUUAUCACGCAUUCAGUUUACUUAACUGUGAUUUGAGCGUAAUGACUUUAAUUACAUAUUGCUAGUUGUUUGUCCAAAAAGUGAAAUGGAUUUAGAAUAACAGCUCAUCAUCAGGUCAUUAUUAAGCAUUCAUGUUGAAAUGCAAAAGAUUUCAAUCAAAUACAGAAUUAUUUACUAAAAAAUGCUGGCAUUUAUUUUUAAGAACUGCAUUUUGAAAACCUGAUUUUCUGUUUUCUCUCCUUCCAGCCAAGCAGCAUGAAGGCUUAGAAGUACGAGACUUCUGCUGGCUUAGCGGUCUGACUUCCUGUCCGCUCCUCAUAAUUAAUCACUGCUCUAAUUCUGGUCUCGAGUUUAAGGGGUUCUAUGUCUCUCGGAACAUGUUUCUGCUGCUUUCCAGUUAUUGUGUAUGGCCAAACAUGUUCUUAGGGCCAUCCUGUGAGUGAUCGUACUACACCCCCAUCGCCUCAGACAAGAUAAAACUAAACAGAGACCAAUCUUAAAAAAACAGCUUCAUGGUACUAGAGAAGUAAAACUCCACAUAGAAACCCUUUGUGAGCUACUGCCGUUCACUAUGGCAGAUAGGACGGCAGAAACCACUUGGCUGGGACAUCCCUAGGUUGUAAUCUUGCUUUUAUUAUUUUAUAUUUGAUCAGCAGUUCCUGUGUCAACAAAUGCACAAGAUGCAUUAUUUUUAUAAUAACACAGUCACACUAACAGUAUGCAUCUCUGCUGAUUCAAACAGAACAUGAGGAGCAUCCUGUCCUAGCAUGAGGAUUUCAGAAAAAGACGGGAGCCACUCACAUGCACACACUCCGACCUCAUAUCUGGGCUGGUCCGCUGAGAAGUCGCAGUACAUGCUCUUGUGUGGGUCACAGACGUCCCUCUCGUUACACGCAUCUCCGAUCUGCCUGGCGCAGCUCUUGCAGCAGCCACACCCGUCCAGGACCGAGCUCACUCCCGGGGCGCAUUGGGGUCUCUCUCUGCACUUGCAGGGCCACUGGCAGAACUGCCGCCUCUCGGCCGCAGCCCGCCCAUCUCGAGCAGCCAGCUGCCCAUUGUUCUGAGCCCUGCUGAAGACCUGGGGGACGAGAAGACAUUUCCACCUGCAGUUUCUUAAAGGAGCAACACUCAGAAGAACCGCUUGACGAUUUGUACACCCCUCUCUCCUGGUCAAAUGGAAUAAGGGGGGGGUUAAAGCUGGCUGUCUAUAAUUACUUUUAAUUGAUAGAUCCAAGUAAGGAUCUGAACUCCACGCCCCUUCUGGCAACACCUGUUCUGACUGACAGACACGAGAGAAUUUGGAUCAGCACAUUUGUGUUCCCUAGAGGAUAAACAAUGUAGACUGGGCCACGCUUAGGGGGAGAAGCAUUUAAGCCCCACUACUUGUAAUUCUCUUUGAAUAGUAUUUCAGUAUGUUUUAAUUAUAUUCUUUAUCCCUCACUACUUCUUGUUAAUAAUCCAGUCUGUUUCUGAUGGACAGCGUGUAGCUCCACCUCCACAUUAACACCAUCAGUUUGGUUGGUCAGUGAAAGUGUGAGGUUACUUAUAGUUUCUAUCCAGACCACGAAACCCCCAUAUUAGAGUACAUAAAAAAGGGAGCAAAAGACCCCUCACAUGAGAAACCUGUUGCCUCAAAUCAAUAUCAGAUUGUAAGAUUGCAUUUUCUGACUGACGGUAAGUUAAGCUUGACUACAAGAGAUUUGUUUGGAUGACAGGUAAUCAUUCCCACUGAUUAAACUAACGAGCCAAAUCAAUAAUUUGUGUCAAAAGUCCCUUAGGAAACUUAAAAAAUAAACAUUGUUGUCCAUAAACUAUUAAAAACUCAUCAAUGAGCCUCACUGUU